UCUCCAGGCUGUCCUCGUUUUUUAUCCAGUUCACUCCCAGUGAACCAAACUAAACAGAAGUAAUGCAUAAAUGGUCUCCUAGCAGAGAAACUUGGAAGGAAAGCUCUCUGAAAUAAGAUUUUUCCAGCUGUCAUGGAAAACCGACACAAGCGAGUGAAUCCAGAGCAAGAUGCUUUGGUGCACAUUGUGGCUUGCAGAGACAAACCCUUUCUGGAAGAAAGGUUCAUAGACUCCUUUAAAGGAAAAGGUGUCUUUACAAACAAAACCAUUAAAGCAUCUGCCUUUGUUGUCGAGUAUCGUGGGAAGAUCUUUCCUCGCAAAGACGGGAGGCCUAAGGAGAGAAGCGGUGAUACUUUGAAUGGUUUCUUAUAUGAGUUUACAUGGAAUGGAGAACAGUGGUGCGUUGAUGCUUCCAAAGAGGACAAGACCCUUGGAAGGCUUGUGAAUGAUGAUCACAUAAGUCCAAACUGUGAAAUGAAGAAGAUUGUUUAUGAGGGGAAGCCACACUUGUGCCUCUUUGCAGUGGGAGAAAUACCUCAAGGCAAAGAGAUAACUUACAACUACGGCAGCUCCUAUUACUCGUGGCGUCCCAAGGAGUCAUGUGAUGGACCAACUACUUCAGACAAAAAAAUGUAUCCAAUUUCAUCAACACCCAAGAAAAGAAGAUUUGAAGACUCGGAUGAUGACAGCGAACUACCCGGUCCAAGUCAUGACAGUGACCGCUCUGCUGAUCUUGGAAGGUCAUCCAGGGACAGUUCGCCACAUUCUGAGUUAGAUUCUCAAGAGACAACGAAAAACUUCAGGAGAGUGUCAUCAAUUCAGGAGGAUGACACUUCGAGUUCUGAUGAUCAUGACUCGGACAAAGACAAGAGAUACAAAGAAGACAGAUACAAAGGAGACAGAUACAAAGGAGACAGAUCCACUAAGGCUGGACUAAAAGGCGGAGGAACAUCUUUCACAAAGAAAAAUUACUGUUAUGUUUGCGGGAAAGGUUAUCACAAAAUUGCUCGGCAUCUUUCAAGGCACAUCGAUGAAGACCCUGAAAUCGCUGAAAUCUUUGCUUUACCCAAAAACUCAGCAGAACGUAAAAGUCUGCUGGCCAAAUUACGAAAAAGAGGAAACUACAAACAUAAUCAAGAGGUUCUGAGGAGUAACACAGGAGCGCUAAAAGUGGGAAGACGAUCAUCCCGCUAUGUAAUGACUGCUGAAAAUUUUGUGCACUGCAUUUAUUGUAAAGUAAUGCUUCAUAGCAAAGACCUAUAUAGGCAUGUAGCAAAGUGUGCUAAACAAACAAUAAAUGCUGCAACACAUGGCGAGACGAGCAUCUUGGGGGACGUCACCGAGUCGGAGUUCUCUGAAAAGUUUCCGUCUGAAGUUUGGGAGAUACUUUCAGUGAUGAAACAAGAUGAAAUUGUAUUUUUAAUUCAACACGACUACCUUUUCAUGAAGAUGACCCAGAGUCUUAUUGAGAACACUGAAAAUACUCCGACAAACCAAGAGCGCGUCAGACAGAAGCUGAGAAAAAUAGGAAGGCUCUUAAUAGAGCUCCAUGAUAAGGGAAUAGUGAGUUUUGAAGCAGCACUUAAACCCAGAAGCUUCUACAAAGUUGCCGCUGCUGUCAGAAACCUCGCUGGUUUUGAUGAAAAAAAGCAGAAGUACAGCAAACCGAACCUUGCCUUGUUUUUUGGAAAUGCUCUGAAAAAACUGGGAGAACUUGUUGUCACACAGAGCGACAGCAGUAAGGAGGCCGUGAGAGAUGCUAACACAUUCAUGACGCUGUGUGCGAAGGAGUGGAAGGAAAUUGUCCCUCACAACGAUGCACCUUCAUCAAGUGAACAGAAAGUACACAGCCCCUCUACGAUACCGUUCACACGUGACAUACAGGCGUUCUACACACACCUGGAAAAGACUUCUGCUUCUGCCAUUGAGUGCUUUAAGAAGUAUGAAACCCCUCAGAUGUACAAUGCACUUUGCAGAGUCAUACUUGCACAGGUGUCAGUCUUAAACAAAUGUGCACCCGAGGUUUCAAAAAUUACCCUUAAGUCAUUCCAGGAGCGGGACGAGACUACCCAGGUGUUGUCCAAGCACUUUAUCAGGAUUAAUAUUGCAGGCAAGACUGGGCAGAACGUUGCUGUUUUGUUGACGUCUCAGCUCGUCAGCGCGUUAACGCUGCUUGUGAGCAAGAGACCAGCGUGCGGCGUACACAGAGACAAUCCUUUCUUGUUUGCAAAGCCAGACGGUUCAUCUACAAGCCUCUACCACGGAGGCCACUGCGUUCGGGUCUACACAAAAAUGUGCUCUGCAGAGAACCCAGAGCACCUCACGUCCGUACAUUUUCACAAGCACAUUGCAAGAAUUUUCCAGAUUCUUAACUUGGAGAAUGACGAGCUACCUCACCUUGCUAAACUGCUGGGUCAUGACAUCCGGAUGGACAGGGAUUAUUAUCGGCUGCCCGAAGCGGCUGUUGAACUCGCAAAAAUAGCUAAACUGCUUCUGGCAAUGGAAAAAGGCUCUCUUGAAAGAUUCAAAGGAAACUCUCUGGAUGAGGUUGAGAUUGAAGAUGAAUUGGAGCCAGAUACGGAGCAGGGCAGCUCUGUGGUGGACUGUGAAGAGUCAGAUUUUCUACUUCAGCAGAGCGAUGAUGUGGAUCAGCAAGGCGGACAGCUAACUCCUGAGCAGGAUGCCCUGCAGCAUAUAAAGGCAUGCAAGGACAAAUCCUUCCUGAAGGAAAUGUUUAUUAAUCCCACUAAAGGGAGAGGUGUGUUCACCAAUAAAGCCAUUGAGCCAUCCACCUUUGUUGUUGAGUAUCGGGGGAACGUCUCAACCUGUGGAGAAACCCGUACAGAGAAAUGUGUAGACACCCUAAACAAUUUCUCGUUUGAGUUUUCCUGGAACGGAACAAACUGGUGUAUUGAUGCUUCUGCAGAGGAUGGGACUCUCGGACGACUCGUGAAUGAUGAUCACAUAAGCCCCAACUGCAAAAUAAAGAAAAUCGCUCAUGAGGGGAAGCCACAUCUGUGCCUGUUUGCUCUGAAGAAAAUAUCUCCAGGCGAGGAGAUAACUUACAACUAUGGGCAGUCCUCUUAUGCGUGGCGAUCAGCAGAUCAAAACAAAGAACCACAAACAUCAGAAAUGGAGACUGCAGCGUCGUCGACAGUGGAUGAAAGAGUUGAAAACUCAGAUGAGGAAUUCAGUUCUGCUGAAUGCUUCUCUGAUGAAGAUUAUGUCUUUGACAAUGAACCAAGCAAUGAUGACAGUUUUACCGAAAACGAUGACCAGGAUCAGGAAUUUGGAGAAAAUGCAGAUGACUCGAAGGCCGGUUCUUCCAAAGGGCCAAACGAUAUGUCGGACUCCGAUGAGUCUGACUAUGAUGGAAAGUCUAAAGACACUUCCUUCACUAACAGAAAUUACUGUUACGUUUGUGGGAAACCUCAAACUAAAAUUUCUCGUCACCUUUUCACGCAUAGAAAGGAAGAACCUGAAAUUGCUGAAGUGUACGCAAUGCGCAGGAACAGCAAGGAACGCAAAAAGCGUCUCGAGAUGUUGCGAAACAAAGGAAACUACAAACACAACCAAGGAGUCUUGAAGGCUCGCAGAGGAAAACUGAAAGUGGAAAGAAAAUCAGUGAUGUCCACACUUAAAACAUUCGCAACUUGUGUAUAUUGUAAACGCAUGUAUCAUCGUAAAGUGGUGUGGCAUCAUAUGCAAAAGUGUCCCUCAAUGGCAUCCAAUAAACUUCCAGAAGGCUUUCAGAGUCAAAUCUUAACUUUGGUUGCUGCCACUGGACUAACGGACCCUGAACAGAUCUCAACAGGUGUGAAGAAGAUGUUGAAAAAAAUGAAGAAAGACGAUAUUUCCUCUGUAGUUUGCGAAGAUUCUUACAUAUUACAACUGGCACAAUGUUGCUACCACAUGAGAGAGAAGAAACAGAAUCAGGGAUACGUCACUCAGAAGCUGAGGCAAAUGGCACGGAUCCUGAUGACGUUAAGAAAGAAGUCAAUAAACAGCUUCGAAGAUGCAGUCAAGCCCCAAAACUUCAGCGCCGUUGUAGAAGCUGUUGGGGAGAUUGCGGGCAUCAAAGAGGGGUCGAAGUCGUUUGACAAACCAUCUCUCGUUUGGAAGCUUGGAAAUUCGCUGAAGAAGAUCGCUGACAUUAAAUACGCCAGGGCUUUGAAGGAUGGUGAUGAAGAGGUGUUAGAGGAAGCUGAGGCAUUUAUUAAGCUGUGUACGAAAGAAUGGCCCUCCCAUGCAAAAUCACAACCAAAAACACCCUGCCAGCCAACCUUACAGUUUACACAAGAUGUGAUGCUGCUCUACAAGUGCCUGAACAGGACAACAGCUUCUGCAGUCCAGAGCCUGAUGAUGUAUGCAGUAACACCGGUCUACAAUGCGCUUCUUAAAGUGGUACUUGCAUUCGUGUCCUUCUUAAACAAAAAUAUUCAGGACGUUUCAAGGAUGACACUCCAGUCAUUCAAGGAAAGGGCUUCCACAGAGCUUCAGGAAGAUGCUGCUGGUUCACAGAACCAGUUGGAGCAAAUUCUGUCCAAGCACCAAGUCACGAUCAGUGUUGGUAACUCAAAUGGAAAAAAAUUUGCUCUUACUUUGAGCCCUGAUAUGCUUUCUGCGCUAACAGUGCUUGUGGACAAGAGGGACACAUGUGGAGUAGGUAAGGACAAUCCCUUCUUAUUUGGGAAACCUGGUGGCAAAGGGUCAGACUUUCACAAGGGGCACGCAUGUAUCAGGAUGUUCGUUAAUCGCUGUGGUGCAAAGAACCAGGAAGCUCUCAGGUCUCAGUGUUUUCGUAAGUACAUAGUAAGAAUUUUCCAGAUUCUCAGCCUUAAAAAUGACGAACUCGCUCAGCUGGCUAAGCUGUUGGGCCGUGACAUUCAGACAGACUGGGAGUAUUAUCAGAUGCCCGACGCAGCUGCUGAUGUCGCAAAAAUCUCAGAGCUGCUGUCGGCACUGGAGAAUGGAUCUCUUGAACGAUUCGAAGGAAAGACUCUUGAGGAAAUUGAGAUUCCAGAUGAAUUGCAGCCAGUCGUGGAGCCUGUCACCCCCAGAAACAGCGAUGCUGAGGAAGAUGAUGAAGGUAAAAAAAGCAAAAGAAAGCAAAGCCAAAGAAAGAAAAAGAAGAAGGAGACUGAAAAAGAGCAGCCGGAGCCAAAUGAAAAUGAAGCCGUGAACACAGAGAAAGAAGACAAGGCAGAGGACAUGCCAGUGAAGGGUGACAUCAGCAAACCUGUGGAGAAGAAAUCUUUUAACACAGCCCUUGAGCCAAGUAUUUAUUUCAGUGACGAUGAUGAGGACAUGAAUGUGAAUUUUGACAUCGACAUAGACACUGAUGACGACGAUGAUAGAAAUGAGGAGAUUGCUGCAGAUGGUUGCUCAAACAGCUCAGGUGCAAAGCCCAAGGUAACGGAUGAAGAUACAACAACAGAAGUCAAGAAGAGCAACAAGGAUGGUGACGGAAAGCAGAAAAAUACGUCUCCAGACGAGCACAGUGCUGAUGAAGAACUCGCAGAGGCAAUGGAUAUCGACACAGAGAACCAUGUGGAGGAGGACUAUGAUGAAGAUGAUGACUGGAUGGAUGUGGACAGUAAUGCUUCUGCUCCCACUUUAAAUAAAGUCACAGAAAAGAAGACCAACCUAUCAGUGGCCAUGACUCUGAUGAAAGAAGUGAAGAUAGUUAUCCCAAAACUAAACAUCGAGAAGGUGCAGCGUCCCAUUCACAUUUCCCAGUUGUCAUCUUUGAGUAACAAGCAGCCAGUGGAAGAUAAACCUGUCCAUGAUGACAAGACGCAGAGUGCAAAACCUUCCCCACUUACAGAGGUCACAAACAAACCCAGCUCUGCAAAGGCAGUGCACAUGAACUGCUCCCGCUGCAAAAAGAGCAUGACGAAGGGACACACUGCUUACCAGAAGAAGGGCUUCUCAGACAUCUUCUGCUCCAAAAACUGUCUGUUUGAGAUGUUUUCUUACAACAAACCGGCCACCAAGACCUGUCACCAGUGUCAUAAGGCGAUAUCGCAGCCUCUGGACCUCAUCAUGGCUGCUGUGGACACUAAAGGAACUAUGAAGGACUUCUGCAGCCCAGCCUGCUUGAGCUCUUUCAAGUCUGCAUCCACCCAAACACGAAAAUCAGUCUGCAACAUAUGCAAAAAAGUCUGCAGUACCAAAUGUGAGCUGACCCUGAACGAGGCCGUCAUCAGGUUUUGCAGCCACGCAUGCUUAGAUGAUUUCUGCAAGAACAACAUGGGUAUCUGUGAGAAUUGCAGCUCUGUGUGCCGCAGCCAACCGCUAAUGCUGAAGCUGGAGGAUGAUACCAAAACAUUCUGCAGUGGUGGUUGUCUGAAGCGGUUCAAAGAGAACUCCAGGAUGCUCCAACGCUGCACCAUGUGCCUCUCUUCACGACCUGUCUCGGACAUGGUCAACUUGAAAAACGAUGAGAACGUGGUGCAGCUCUUCUGCGGCCGCUUUUGUGUGAAAUCUUACAAGCUGCGACCGACAGAUGAGAUGGAUCAAGUGAAGAGAAAAACCGAUAACCAAUCAAAAGAGACGAACACUGAGGAUGUGAGGAUGUGUUCGCCCUCCUGCGAAAACGAUGCCUCUCCUGCUGCUGUCGAACCAAACGACACAGUGUUGCUCAUUGCCGACGCGUGCACGCUCUGUUUCCACUGCAAAAAGAAUUUGUUGGAAGGAGAGACACUUUACAAGCCAAAAGACACAGAGGAGUUUUUUUGCUCCAUGGCCUGCUUACAUGAAAAGCAUCGCGAGAUCAAAAUACCCAUCAAAAAGUGCCACAACUGCUUUCAGGUGAUUGCACGGCCUCAAAACAUCAUCCUGGCUCCGGUGGAUGAUUCAGGAACUAUGAAGGAGUUGUGCAGCAAUACAUGUCUCUCCUCUGUCACAUCCAAAAUGAAAAAGGCUGCUACUAAGCCUCCAUCAAAACAGGGACCUAGUUCACUGUGCAGGAUGUGUGCCAGAUGUUGUUAUUGCAAAUUCACGGUGAUCCUGAAUGGCGUGGUCCACAGACUUUGCAGUGACUCCUGCUUCAUGAGCUACCGCAAAGUCAACAACCUGCGCUUGUCUCUCUGCAACAUGUGUGACGCCGUCUGCUACAACAAAUGUCUCAUGGUGAAGAUGGAGGACGGCAGUAAAGCCCUCUGCAGUGAUGAAUGUCUGGUCAAGUUUAAAGAGAAAGUUGACACUCGUCAGCUCUGCCCCAUGUGCCAGACGUCCCAUCAGCUGUCAGACAUGAUUGAAAAUAAAAACGACGAGGGCAGGCUGGAGUUCUUCUGCAGCAACAGGUGUAUGAUGGUGUACGAGGCCCAGACCUUCACUGUGACGGAAAAGAAAAGCUCUUUAUCUGAAGUUUGUGAGGUUAAAGACGUGAAGCCAUCUGUAAUACACCUCGACUGCAUCAAAACAGAGCCCAUCGAUGAGGGGUACAACCAGAGUCUCACAGCCUCAGUUUCUCAUCAGGACGUCAAGAAGGAGCCAAAUGUAGUAAAAGAGGACUUAAAGAUUGGGUCGGUUUUCUCCUUGACCGAUGAAUCCAAACCUGCAGAGCCCUCACUCAUCAACACGGAUGUGCCUGCAUCGUGCUCCACCUGCAAACAGGCCCUGAUGGAUGGAGAGACAAUUUACCAGAGGAAAAACCACACCGGUGUAUUCUGCUCCACUUCCUGCCUUCUGAAGUUUUACCAAAAGAUACCAGUUAGGAGGACGUGCCACUUCUGUCUUCAAGUGAUAACACAGCCUCGGGACAUCCUCCAGGCCCCGGUGGAUAACGAGGGGACAAAUAAAGAUUUCUGCAGCCAGACCUGCCUGUCCUCCUUCAACUACAAGAAACAAGUGUCCACCAAAAUACCCGUGGCUCCCGUCUCAUCACACUCACAAUGUAGCAUGUGCAGCAGAUAUUGCAUUAGCAAACACGAGAUCACGAAAGAGGGCGUCAUCCACAAGAUCUGCAGUGAGUCGUGUUUUCUGCGGUUCUGCGGCAUGAACAAUAUCACCGUCUGUGCGAACUGCCGCGCACACCGCAAAACACCCCUCACGCUCAAGAUGGAGGAGGGCAGCAACAAACUUUGCAGCGCAGAGUGUCUGGCCCAAUUCAAGCAGAAAAUCCAAACCCCACAGCCGUGCACUAUGUGCCGUAACACUUCUCCGAUAUCAGACAUGGUUGAAAACAAAAACAGUGAAAAUGUUGUGGAGCUCUUCUGCACCAAAGGCUGCGUGUCGGCAUUCAAGAUCCAGGCUGUCAAUUCAUCAGGUGCCUCAUUGAAUUGUGACCACUGUGGUAAGACUGCAGUGCCAACCUGUCACCUUGCCAUGUCAGAUGCCUCCAUCAGAAAUUUCUGCACUCUUAAGUGUGGCAUGGAUUUCAGGGAGAGCCAGAAUCCUGCAGGAGUCCCCGAUAAAAGUCAAAGGGAUUUCCUCCAUCCACCACUGAAGCUGCUAUGUGCCCAGUGUCAAAGCAUCGUAUUAACUACACCCAAAGUCAUCCAGAGAAAGGAAAAAAUAUACUUCGCAUGUAGUGUGGCCUGUUUUCAAGAAUUUAAGAGGGUCAACAGCAUCACGGCUACCUGUGAAUACUGUAAGAAUGAAAGAAUCAUCAAAGACGUCAAGAGAAUCGGCGGCAAAGACUGCUGCUUCUGCAGUGAUGCCUGCAAGACGCUCUUUGCCAAGAGCUAA